GUGUGUGUGGAGUAAGAGAAGAAGCGUCAGAAUGCUGCGCAAUUUAUUGGCUCUCCGCCAGAUUUCCCAGCGGACCAUAAGCACUUCUACCAGGAGAUCUCUGCAAAACAAAGUGCCAGAAAAGCAAAAGAUUUUCCAGGAAGAUAAUGGCAUUCCAGUUUACCUGAAGGGGGGUGUUGGUGAUGCCCUGCUCUAUAGACUGACCAUGGGUCUUACGGUUUUGGGAACAGGAUAUGUUCUCUAUGAGCUUUUCACUGCUGCAAUGCCCAAGAAGAAGAACUGAUUCCAACAUCUUUAGAAUUUGAUCAAAUUAUCUGUCCAAUUCGGUGUAAAUCAUCAGGGAUUGUUCUUGUCCUUGUCCUAACAUGACUGGUCUAUUCUGAGGGAACAAUAUUUAUUCAAAGCUGCAGGAAAUAAAGCAGUUUUACAUUA